AUGGUCGCUUCCCCGUAUCGCCGCCUCCCAGUAUCGCCGCCUCCACGUCUCGCCGCUUCCACAUAUCGCCGCCUCCACGCCUCGCCGCCUCCCCGUCUCGCCACCUCCACGUCUCGCCGCCUCCAAGUCUCGCCACCUCCACGUCUCGCUGCCUCCACGUCUCGUCGCCUCAACGUAUCGUCUCUUCCCCGAAUCGUCGCUUCCCCGUAUCGCCGCCUCCACGUCUCGCCGCCUCCACGUCUCGCCGCCUCCACGUCUCGCCGCCUCCCUGUAUCGCCGCCUCCCCAUAUCGUCGCCUCCCCAUAUCGUCGCUUCCCCGUAUCGCCGCCUCCACGUAUCGCCGCCUCCACGUAUAGCCGCCUCCCCGUCUCGCCACCUCCCAGUAUCGCCGCCUCCACGUCUCGCCGCCUCCGCGUCUCGCCGCCUCCCCGUCUCGCCGCCUCCGCGUCUCGCCGCCUCCCCGUCUCGCCGCCUCCCCGUCUCGCCGCCUCCCCGUCUCGCCGCCUCCCCGUCUCGCCGCCUCCACGUAUCGCCGCCUCCACGUAUCGCCGCCUCCACGAGUCGCUCUAA